GUGAUCGCCGCAGUCGUUUUAUCAAAAUCUGUCAAAUUAGUCAUUCCAUCAAACUUGUAGUGAUAGAUUUUUAAAAUUAUAGAAAAAAAUUGUUGAAAAUAGUGUAGAAAUUGUUCUUUUAGCCUAUUUCGGAAGUAAAGGGGAGCUGGGAACAUAAGUGUGGUGCGUUUCAUCGGAUUAUUUUCCAAACUUCCUACUGGAGGAGGUGUUUUCGUGUGAGCAUUCGGGUGGGGUACGACAAGACAGCGAAAGAAAAAAGAAGGUGGACAACCAUAAAGAGCAAUGGAUAGCAAAGGCAGGAAUGUAAUCGUUUGCGAUAAUGGAACCGGGUUCGUAAAAUGCGGCUACGCCGGCAGCAACUUCCCGGCGCACAUUUUUCCCUCAAUGGUUGGAAGGCCCAUCAUCCGAGCGGUCAACAAGAUCGGUGAUAUCGAAGUGAAGGAUUUACAUGUUGAUGAUCUUAUGGUGGGCGAUGAAGCUUCGCAGUUGCGCUCCCUCCUCGAAGUGUCGUACCCGAUGGAAAAUGGUGUGGUUCGGAACUGGGAGGAUAUGUGUCACGUGUGGGACUACACGUUCGGGCCGAGAAAGAUGAACAUAGACCCAACCAACACGAAGAUCCUGCUUACCGAACCCCCGAUGAAUCCCACCAAGAAUCGGGAAAAGAUGAUCGAAGUGAUGUUCGAAAAGUAUGGCUUCGAUUCUGCGUACAUUGCGAUCCAGGCCGUGCUAACCUUGUACGCCCAGGGCCUAAUCAGUGGCGUCGUGAUCGAUUCCGGUGAUGGCGUGACACACAUCUGUCCGGUUUACGAAGAAUUUGCCCUCCCUCAUCUGACGCGACGUCUCGACAUUGCCGGUCGGGACAUCACGCGGUACCUAAUCAAACUGUUGCUGUUGCGCGGAUAUGCAUUCAAUCAUUCCGCUGACUUUGAAACUGUUCGCAUGAUGAAAGAAAAGCUUUGCUAUAUCGGGUAUGAUAUUGAGAUGGAACAACGUCUGGCCCUGGAAACGACCGUUCUUGUGGAAUCCUAUACGCUACCGGAUGGUAGAGUGAUCAAGGUCGGCGGCGAAAGAUUCGAAGCGCCGGAGGCUCUUUUCCAACCCCAUCUGAUUAACGUCGAAGGCCAGGGGAUUGCCGAGUUAGUGUUUUCCACCAUCCAGGCGGCGGACAUCGACAUGCGGUCGGAACUCUACAAGCACAUUGUACUGUCCGGCGGAUCCACCAUGUACCCGGGACUGCCCAGUCGGCUGGAGCGUGAAAUCAAACAGCUCUAUUUGGAGCGCGUGCUAAAGAACGAUAGCGAGAAGCUAUCCAAGUUUAAAAUACGCAUCGAGGAUCCUCCCAGACGGAAAGAUAUGGUCUUCAUUGGAGGUGCCGUGUUAGCUGAAGUAACCAAGGAUCGGGAUGCCUUCUGGAUGUCCAAAGCCGAGUACCAAGAACAGGGUUUAAACGUAUUGAAGAAGCUCAGCGCACGAACUAGUAACUAGGCCAAAAAAUCCCCCUACACUAAGAUAACGCUUCCUUUUACUCUCUCACUAAACUACCGAUCGACUUGUGUUGGCCAGUUGGCUUUAAUUCUACUGCAUGAAGUCAGAUCACUAGCUAGUUGCAUUUCCUGCCCUGGGUAAAUUUAAUCGGGCGGGUGGAUUCAAUUUCCAAUGAUAGCGAAAAAAAUGCAUUUACCCUUAUAUAACUAGCCCAAAAUCAGAAUUCGAGAGCAUUGAAACGAAGUAUUUCACAGUUGAUUAACCCACAUGACGUACUGUCCCCUUGUUGUGUACGUUGCGUUUGAGCGUUUAAUUAAAUUUAGGACCUAUAGAAUAGAUUUAGCGAAAGGCUGUAAAUGCAGUGUAAACAUCAAAACAUUUUUUAUCCAUUGUAAAACUUAUUUUACUAUCGGUUCUUAAGAAACGAAUUUAAGUUAGAUUUUUAUAGUAUUGUAUUUCUGGAGCAAAUUAAAACAAUUAUUUUUCGUGAUACACUA